AUGAGCGAAGUACAAGCUUUGAAAUCAGUCAUACUACCUAAACGUCUCCAUCAUUUCUUAAGCUCGCGUCGUGAUCAAGAUAGUAAAGUCGAACCUUCUAGACGUGAAUACCUUCAAGUCAUCGAUGUUUUCCAUCCUCAAUUGUGUUUACCAAUGGAUCUGAGAAAGGAGGAUGUAGUCCGUGUUUAUAAUAUCAUAGUGUCCCCGUUCUUUGGCCGCAAAGAAGUAUUUAAUGUAGACACCAACGCUUUUUACUAUAAUCCGGCGCUUCAACUUCUUCCUGAAGGUGAAUCGGGCUAUCUGGUGAUAUCUUUAGUCUUACCAAAUGAUCUCAUCAAAUUCAUGGCUCUUCAUGAUCCCGCAGAAGUUGUUGAAGCUACUCAAUACGAAUACCACCAUAUCAUCAAUUUAUUUUACCCUGAACUUGGUCUUCCGCUAUGUUUGAACAAAAUCCAAGUCAUGAGUCUCUUCAACAUCGCUGUUCUUCCCUUUUUUCAACAACUCGACAAUUUCAAUGAAGAAACUGGGAAACUCUCCUAUAUCCCCGUUCAGAUCAAUCCUAAAUUUAAGGUCAAGAAACCUCGGGUCAAAGCUGUCUAUUUACCCGCACAUUUACAAGGCUUCCUAGCCUACAAAGAUCCCGCGGUGACAGUUGGGACAGGAGUUUAUAGUGUAGAAAAACUUUCUCAAAUCAUCGAUCUAUUUCAUCCAAGUCUUCGUUCCCCAGGACCUCAAUGUAAAGGUGGAUGGUAUGGUCUCUUCGAAGUGAUGGUCUUGCCGUACCUCCGUAACAUCGUAUCCUUUGAUAUCUCAACUGGUAUCAUGCGGUUUGUGGCCGUCGCACUCCCAAUCUGA